CAUAUAAGAAAAAGGAAAACAUAAGAUAAGGUCUCCACCACAAAACGCUCUUGAGGCAACAAUAUAUUUAUUCCCGACGGAGCCUCUGAAGAUUCUAACUUUCUUUUCUGCACCCAUUUCCAGCAACAAUGGUGUCCCUGCAGAACUCCCCAUCAAUCCAUCGAUUCCCCAAUUCGUUCCCUCAGCUUGCUCCGCAGAAGCAUGGAACGGUGCAUUGCGGGAGAAGAGGGGCUCCUCCAUUGAUAGUGAGGGCCGAGCAAGUGAGCUUUUCAGCUUCAACCUCUAAUUCCCCAGAUAGAACCGGGAGACGCCAAGUGCUUAUGAUCGGGGUCAUUGCCCCCUGCAUUUCUCUAAUUGGCCCAAGUUCCACAUCAUUUGCUGCAGAAAAUAAGAAGGGAUACAUCCCAGUUUCGGACAGAAAGGAUGGAUACGAGUUCCUUUACCCGUUUGGGUGGCAGGAAGUGGUGAUUGAUGGGCAAGACAAGGUAUUUAAAGACGUGAUCGAGCCCCUAGAGAGUGUGAGCGUGAAUAUGAUCCCUACCAGCAAACAGGACAUCAAAGAUUUUGGUCCCCCGCAACAAGUUGCUGAAACUUUGAUAAAGAAGGUCUUGGCUCCUCCUUCUCAGAAGACAAAGCUCAUUGCAGCAACCGAGCAUGAUGUGGAGGGGAAGACUUACUAUACAUUUGAGUUCAUUGCUCAGGCUCCGAACUACACCCGGCAUGCUCUCAGUACAAUCUCUAUCGGCAAUGGCAAAUUCUACACUCUGACGACAGGUGCCAAUGAGAGGAGGUGGGACAAGAUGAAAGAGAAGCUACAAACAGUUGUUGAUUCCUUCAAAGUCUUCAAUGUUUGAGACGGUUUUCUCAGUUUUCCCAACCAAAGUUAUUGGGCAAAACCACACGAUACCACCUCUUCUUCUCAUCGUGUAAAACUCAUUUUUUCAUUGCAAUACCUCCUCCUUGUCGUGGUAAAACUCUUUUUUUCAUCACAGAAAAAGAUCUGUUCGACUUUGAUCAGACUAUGCUAUGAUACAUGAAAAGUACAUGAUCAACCGGUUAUCCAAGGACAUCGAAGAGA